AUGGGACAUGACUGGUGAGAACCGCUCAGUUGUAACACACUUCUUCUUUGAGCCUUUCUCAAACAUCUUCGAAGUCCAAGCCACCCUUUUCUUGCUAGUACUGCUUAUGUUCAUCAUUGACUUAGGGGGAAACAUUCUGAUCAUUGUGAUCACCCUGGUAGACCCUGUCCUUCACUCCCCCAUGUAUUUCUUCCUCAGAAAUCUGUCCUGUGUGGAAAUCAGUUACACCUCUUCGACCAUCCCCAAAAUGCUAUUAAGUUUCUUCUCCAAAGAAAACAGGAUCUCCUUUCUGGGCUGCGCCAUGCAGCUGAAUUUCUUUGCCCUUUUAGGGAUCACUGAGUGUUUUGUUCUAGCUGCCAUGGCAUAUGACCGCUAUGUGGCCAUCUGUCACCCUCUGCACUACAUGACCAUGAUGAAUCGGAGAGUUUGCUUUCAGCUUUUAGCUGUGUCCUGGCUCAUGGGUGUGCUGGUCGGUGUGGGGCAGACAGCUUCAACAUUCACAUUGCCCUUCUGUGGCCCCAAUAGAAUAAACCACUUCUUCUGUGACCUGCCUCCACUGCUGAAGCUUGUCUGUGUGAACACUUACAGGAAUGAAAUCAUCACCUAUGCCGUCACUAUCAUCUUCAUUAUGGUGCCCUUCAUGCUCAUCCUCGUGUCCUAUGCCUGUAUUCUGCAAACCAUCCUCAAGAUACCAUCAGCUGAGAGUAGGAAAAAAACCUUUUCCACCUGCUCCUCCCACCUUAUCGUGGUCACUCUGUUUUAUGGAUCUGGCAUUGUGACUUACCUAAGGCCCAAAUCCUUCUACUCACUCAGCUCUGACAAACUGCUUUCCCUGUUCUAUACACUCAUGUCUCCAAUGCUGAACCCUUUAAUUUACAGCCUGAGGAAUAAGGAGGUAAAGCAAACUUUGAAAUGGCUGAUAAGUAGAAAAAUAUAUCAUUCAACUGUGUAAUCCAAAAAUAUUUUAUAUAUUUUGUGAUUAAUUUGCAGAUGCUUUUUAUAACCUAUGUGAAAUAAAUUAUCAACACAUUGUCUAUAAAUAUUAUAAUGGUGCAUACUGUAUUCAUAUACUGGGUUACUUGAACCACCAGGUAGUCAAGGAUAUACCAUGGAUGGUGAAAAAUGUCCCAGGAAAGAGCUCCUCUGAAAUUAGCCAGGUAAUAUAUGUAUGUAUAUAUUUGUGUGUAAUUAUACAGCAAAUGACUUAAAAACCAGAUGCAAGUGACAUCAAUGGUCAGGGAAGAAAGCCAGUAACAAAGCAGGGAAACAAAUUUAGGAAAAUUGUGCAAGUAGUAGUGGGAUAUUCUUCUCAAAGGUAAUUUAUUCCUGUGCCAACAGAGAAUAAGUGAGCUGGAUUCUAGCCUGUGAUUCCAGUGGGGAGCACUCUGUGGAGUCUGACUAUGUUUAAAAUUUACUGGAAAUAAUUCCUGUAAAUAAUUCUCUAAUUAGAUGUUCUUUUCACUGUUGAUGGAGAUGGCACUCUGGGCCUGGCAACAGGACCUGGAGGCUGUCCCCUGAUUUGUUUUCCAUGAUUUUGUUUUGUUGUACUGGGUGAGUGUUGCCCUCAGUUUAUUAUAGUUUUGUAAGGACCUUAUUACACCUUAUGCUGCGAGCUGCACAGAUGUUGAUCAGCUUAGUGCUAGCUUAGAGUUUGGAGCAGUCACACACUUAGUCUAGAAACCUUCUCUGAUUGUCCUCCAAUGGUACAGCUAUGAAUUGUCACUGUGAAUUGUUCCCCUGGUGAGCCGGGGAAGGACUAGGAGUUGCAGGUGGAAAGUUUGUUCAUAAAGAACAGGGAGGGGCCCCGGCAUUCUGGGAUACUUGAGGACUUCAAGUUGAGUGGCACAUCUGUGGGGAGUGGCCACACCUUAAAUGAGCAAGAGCUGGCUAUGCAGACCAGAGAUAACUCUGUCCUGGAAUGGCAUAAUUUUGAGCCACAUAACAAGUGCUUUAAGCCACUUUAAAGUGUUAAUGCACAAACAGUCCAGGUAUUAAGACCUCCAGGAGCCACCCAAAAAUGACCCUGUAACAAGGCCUUGUUUUGUAGCAAGAGUGGCUGAUGGUUUCUGAGGAGAAAGAAAGAAGCUCUUAGACAGCUGGGGAGCAUGAAAAAAUAUUCCAGGGUGGACAGCAUGAGAAGAUCCCAGGGUGGAUAGAAACUGCCAUGGUAGAUAGAGGAAAAAGGAAUAGUCCCAGGGUGGACAGAACAAAAUCCAAGUGAAGACAGAGGGAACUAGAAUGCCAUUAAAAACAUUUUUUUGGAGCAGUCUGCUAUGCUUUUAGAGAUAAGGCACUCUGAUUCCUCUUCUUUAAAAAAAGAAAACACUCCUUCCUUCCCAGGAGCUGACUGAAAAGAAAGAGCUCCCAGAGGUUAGAGUGCUAUGGAUCACAAGGAAGCCAGAGACUGGGAAGAGCCAGGGUCUCAAAGCCAGAGGUUUGGCUCUUGUGAAGUUAUGAUAGCGCUGGCUCCAGCGGUGUCUUCUCAGGACAGGACGACCGCAUAAGGCUGUUUCCUGGGGAGUUCCAAGGAAAAGCUUUCCGCUGUCUCUCAAAAGAAGCACUUUGUUCUUGUGUGACAAUUCUUCUUUUAAGUGUCUUGUUAAGAUUUCCUGUUUGUUGGAAAAUAAAAGUGAUGUGUUUAUUACAUUAGAAAUUGAAAUUUGAAACAUGUUUAGAGUGAAAAAAAGCCUUGAUAUAAAAAUAAGUAAUUUCAAAUGUUUCUUGAGAAUUGUAUUUUAUUUUUUGUAUAUACUUUCCUCUCAGUAGGCAUGCCUACAUGUGCAUUCACUGCACAGUAAUUUACUGUGCAGUAAUUUACUGUACAUAAGCGGCUUUUAGAUUGGCAUCUACACGUAUAGGCAUUAUUGCACAGUAAUGUUGUGUGUGCUCUGACUUAGGAAUAAAGUUACUCCCAACUAAGUGGGUGUAACAAAGUGGGUGUAAAUUUGCUACCUAUAUCGUGCAGGUAGCAAAUUUCUUCCCAACUUG